AUGGACCACCAGUGGCUCAUGGCCCACCAGUGGCUCAUGGACCACCAGUGGCUCAUGAAUCACCAGUGGCUCAUGGACAACCAGUGGCUCAUGGACCACCAGUGGCUCAUGGAUCCCCAGUGGCUCAUGGACCACCAGUGGCUCAUGGACCACCAGUGGCUCAUGGACCACCAGUGGCUCAUGGACCACCAGUGGCUCAUGGACCACCAGUGGCUCAUGGACCACCAGUGGCUCAUGAAUCACCAGUGGCUCAUAGAUCACCAGUGGCUCAUGGACCACCAGUGGCUCAUGGACCACCAGUGGCUCAUGGACCACCAGUGGCUCAUGGACCACCAGUGGCUCAUGAAUCACCAGUGGCUCAUAGAUCACCAGUGGCUCAUGGACCACCAGUGGCUCAUGGACCACCAGUGGCUCAUGGACCACCAGUGGUUCAUGGACCGCCAGUGGUUUAAUAAUAACGAGUUGAAAGUGUGGAUCAGGGAAUAUUUUGCCAGUCAUAGCCAGCAGGUAGUGCCAAAGACCGUCAUGAGGGUCAUUAUGUCACCAUGGCAUGCUGCUCCCUCUUGA